AUAAACCAGGUGUGGAUCAGCCUCUGCUGAGUAAACUAUAAGCCUAUCACGCUUUAGGAGAACAUUACGCGAUAGGAAUAAUAUUACUGAUAAUUUCUAGGAUCUAGGAGCGACGGACACGAACUUAGCAAUGUCUUCAGGAAACAUGUCUACGGCUGUUGCAUUUCUUCUCUUGGCUACUUUUAUGAUUCACGCUGCUGCAGUCAGAGGACGUCAUGUCAGAUCUUCCCCGGAUAUGUCAAAUUUGACAUAUUGUGUUUGCCAAGAUGUAGAAAGAAUUAGUACGACUUUCGAAAUGCCUUGCAGAGAUUGUGCUGGAAACACAACAAUGUCCUGCUAUAGACUCGUCAACGAGAUGAAGAAUUUCACUGAGGCCAGGCGGGCUUGUUGUGAUCAGGGCGGCCACCUUGUCUACAUCGAAACCGGGCAGGAGCGAGAAUUUCUUCAAUCAACAUUUCCUGGGGCCGAGGAUUACUGGGCUGGGUUCAAUGGCUCUGCAUGGCUAGAUGGUAGUGCACGGACUGAAACUGCAAUACGUAUCUCUGGAAAUUCUAAUUGUUUUGCAAUAGCGCGAAGUGGGAAUUCAGACCAACCCAUUCGACUGAAAAGUGAAUCAUGCGCUGAACGUUUCCAGUUCAUGUGUGAAUUACCAAUGGUAUUUGAGAGCAACUUUAGCAACUGGAGCGUGAAUGAUUAUUGUAACUGUUCUAAAACAAGCGUGACCUCGACAGAACCUGACCAUUCAGAUCUAAUGCUAACAACACCGACAAGUGAAAUAUUAACGGGAACCAGCGACACAAGAGAAACAGAUUCAACCGUCAAGCCAGCCUUGUCAACUGACACUGUCGACACAUACGCAACUGUGGCUACCACUUCAGUCGACAAUAUUGACGGCGAACCUGAUGGAGUAACUACGCCCAAUGAUGAACGGACUGGAACCGAGUCCAAUAAAGAACUAACAACUGUCGGCGAAAAGCUUUCACCAAACCAGCGACAGACCGGUGGUCCGAUAGGAGUUCCCAUUGGAGUCACCCUGGCCGUAAUUGUCAUCUUGGCGGCGCUGGUCGCUUUCUAUUUUUGGCGGAAGAGAGGCAAGAACAGGGGAGAGAAGUCACGUGGAUCUGGCCAUCUGAUGGCAGGUGAAGACGAGGUUAAAUCCCCUCUCCCUGUAGCCAAUCCAACCUACAGCUAUCAAGAGAAUGGUCACGUUGCUGAUAUCAACUUGCAUCCUGUGACUACUAGUGGGUUGCCUAACAAGGACACGGCCUUCGGUGAUGACGAAUCUCCGGACUACACGCCGUAUCCCAACAACGAGGCAGACAGCUAUGCCACCAUCCCAUCCAGUGGCUAUACAGCUUACAAGCCUCAGCAAGAAAACGGCGUGUACACCGGCUUGACGGGCACCAAGGAAAUGGACGACGACCCAGCCGUGUACACACCGAUCCCAAACAACGGCCGCAAGCCGUCAGGGAGCUCAGAGAGCGAGUAUGUGGAUCCAGAGCCCGCGAUGGAGCCCCGGGUGACACGUCACGGGGCCAGUGGAGUAGGCUCUCCUCUUGGGCAAGCUUCAGGGAGAAAGCAGGCGAAGGACAGCGGGUACGUGGACGUAGACGCACCGCAGUCCCUCGGGGGUGUGUACAUGGAUCUGGAUGACGAUGUCAACGGUCAACAAGGCCGGCAACCAGCCAGAAAUGAUGAGUACACGUAUGUCAGCGUGGAUGGUCAUCCAGUCACCAUCUCUGACAGCCAAGAUGAAGACCCGGAGGGAGACUACUACUUCAAGCUCGAGAAACCCGGUCCAGAUGACAGCGAUCCAGGCACAGACUCUCAGACCGAUGAGGAGGCACCUGGAGGAAACGACUACGACACCUUCAAUCGUGCCGGAGCCCAACACCCAAGGAAGAAUGCCCCUACUGAUGUCGGCACCUACAAUCUUCCACGUCCAACUGAAAGCAACGCCUAUGACACCUUCAAUCGUGCAGGCGAUCGACAGCCCAAAGCCAAUUGCCCCACACCUGAUGAAGGCGUCUACAGCCUACCAGGUGCACCUGCAGACGACGUUUAUUCCACCCUCAACUGAACAGGUGGGAUAUCAAAACAAGGCGGUCGGGACCACUGAUCUCCAUUAUACUGACUGGAUAGCGCUUCAUCAUGGGUGUGCACAAGACCGUGAGGCCCUCGCACACACGCGGCGGCCAUUUUGAAGCUCCCUCAAAGCCCCACAACGCACGGAUCCGUAUAUAAAAAGCACAUAAUUACAAUAGUUUAGGAAGCAAGUUUGGAUCAUCAAACACAUUUUUAUUUAUUCAUUUUGCCCACAGUACGAUUUUGCUCAUGUUAUAUUUUGUUCAAAUAAAUAAUUUUACUUCAUGACUUUGCAUAUAUUUUUACGUGGCCAAAGGGAGUGUCAAAAUGGCGUCCAGUGACUUCACCUUCACGGCCCGAAGUGCUAUUCAGUCAGUAUCUAUACUUCUAUACUACAAUCACGAAAAUGAUUGGAGGGCGCUGCCAUUUUCCCGACCGGUCUCCCGUCCCGCCCGCGCCCGUUGGCCGCGGGGGGUGCGGAACAGGGCCCGGCUAUUUCCACCCUAUUUCCCAUAAUUCCCUUCCCCAUUGGGCCGCGCCGGCCAUCUUGCGUAUGGGCCGGAUAAUUGACGUGCAUGCAGCGUAUGGGCCGGAUAUCGAUAAUUGACGUGCCACGUAUACGUUCGUUAUGAGCGCUGAGCAUGCAGCGCAUGCAACUUGCAUGCCCCACAUUUCUUCAGCACAGCGUUGUUGACAUGGUUGAUGUAUCUGUUCCUUGCUCCAGUUUUCUCUUUGAACGGUAAGUCUCAUUUAUGAUAUGUAUUGUUGUUUAUGAAAAGUGGUAUUCUUUCGAACGCCACUGGCAAUGAGAAGCAUUGUUGUUUGUGAAAAGUGUGACUGUGAGUUUGUGAGUACGGGGAGGGUUGUACGGGGAGGGUUGUACGUGCGGGGGAGGCCUCGGACAUCGAGAGUUUGGCCGUGGGUUAACUUACUAGGCUUAAUGUGGCCAAUUUACUGCAUGACCUCCGUAAAUACAGGCCUCACUUGGAACAUGUACCGGAACAUGUUUGUAGAACUUUGCCAACUCUUGAUUUCACAAUUGGGCUUUGUUUGUAGUUUAUUUUUGGAUUUUGCUUUAGUUUGUUUUAGGCCUAGGCCUAUACUAGCUAGAAAAAAACUGCUGCAUUUGUAUAUAGGCCAUGAAAUGUACAUUCAUUCCAUACAAAUUAUGCAAACUAAAUCUUUGUGGUAAUCUUAGAACACGGCAAAUCAUACGUAAAACUUCCUUUAAAGAAAUGACUUUCAUACUCAUAAGUCAUAGGCAAAACUAAAUUAAUUUACUGUAAAUCAAAGACCAAUAACCAACUUAAUAAAGAAACCCUCAAAAUUAAAGACGUGAUUAAGUUCAAACCUCAGGCCAAAAACCAAAAAAUACAGGCAAAGACUAAAACCUGAAACCAACACAGUUAGAAUAGUGGAUCUUAGAGAAUACACUCUGGCAGAAAAUCAAAUGACUCGACAACAGACAUGAACCCAAGCAGGAUAAAGAGCUAUUGUUAGCCAAUGUAUUUUUUUUAACAAGUUUUCUUCACCUUAGUCGUUUUUCUUUUCUUUCUAACUCCUUUACACAGGACUCUCGAUGACACCCACAUCACAUGACCAGCUCCAACCAUGCUCCAAGCAUGCUCCAGUGCAUGCUUCAACCAGUUCCCAAAGCAAGAAUCUCAACUCAAGACGACGACGUGACACACCUAUUCUUUCCAGUUCAACUGCAAGAUUCCUGCUUUUUCUCUUUACCCAUUCAAAACACCAUCAAUGUCCAUCCUUUUUUUUAAAUUAUAUCCUUGGCUUAGUUGUACCCAAGAAUAAUGAUGGAAUGAUUACCCGAUAAUUACUGGCCAAGCAGACUUAUUUGAUAACAAAACAAUGUCUUUGAUUACCGAGUUACAUAAUCACUCUUAAAAUUUCACAACAAAAUAUUCAUACUCGCAUACCCCUCCAUUUCUCAUGAGUUUUCACCAACACUCAUUAAAAAAAUGUUGUCCUGUAACUUACAAUGCCACUGUCAUUAUUAAUGAUUACAGCUUUUAACACAAAAAAACUGCAAUUGCACAAUAACCUUUGGCCGUCUUGCUUGAAAGUUUUUCAUGGAAUGUUUGUGCCUAUGGUAAACAAGCCUGGACCGACGUCCCUUGCGAAAAUUGCUCCGAAAACUGACUACAAUUAUAUCCCCUGAGUUUUGUCGAAGUACUACCCUGUACAGUAAUGAAUGCUGCAAAUACAUUAUUACUAAAAAAAUUCCUGUAUACCUGAUUUCAUUUUCACAGUUUUGUAAUAAAUUCAUUUAACAUGUGGUGCUUGACAUAAUUAUGAAGUGCUCCAAUAUGUCCUUUCUUUUAGUUUUACUCUCUUCUGCAAAUAAACGUGUUACAAUACUUUGCUGUACAACCCCAUCAACAUAAUAAAAACACCAACUGCUAUAAUGACAUUAACUUCUACUUUAAUAAGAAACACCCCCUU